AAUAUUACCACGGUGCUGUUUUGAUUGUUCUUCCGUACAAACUAUGUUUAAUGUUAUCAGUAUCGUUUGCGUUAUCGUAAAGUUUAAUACGUGUUUUGUCUUCAAAGUUAUCAGUCGGCAGUCGGCACUGGACAGUCUUUCUUAUUUGGUAGUAUCAAUAAAAGAGAAACAUUAUCGAACCAUGAGCAAGAUGACCCCUAACCCUGCUAAGGCGCUACUGCGUGAGCAAAUAGCAACUCGUAUCGCUGCGCUCUCUAACGAAGAAAAGAAAAGACAGUCAAAAAUUGUUUUUGACAAGCUAAUCAACCACCCCUACUACAAGGCUUCGAAUCGAAUCUCCCUAUUCAUGAGCACGGACCAGGAGAUAGACACUGCCCCGAUCAUCGAGCACAUCCGAGCCAAGGGUGCCGCUGCUUUCGUGCCUCAAUACGCUGGUGGGGUGAUGAAAAUGCUGCGCUUGGAGUCAGGGGAUGAGCAGGCCAUGCCGCUCACGAGGCACGGCAUUCAGCAGCACUCUAAGAGCCAGCAGAGGGAAGACGCAUUGGAGAAUGGUGGGCUGGAUCUCAUCAUAUCUCCUGGGGUGGUAUUUUCAAAGUCUGGAGAUAGGCUGGGGCAUGGUGGAGGCUACUAUGACAAGUUCAUCACAAAACUCAGGACUGAUUUCAACCCUCCACCUAAAGUGGUGGCCAUAGCUUUCGACGUCCAAGUUGUCGACAACGUGCCUAUGGACCCUCAAGACCAGAAGGUGGAUGACGUGCUGUUUGCUGAGAGUAGUUAGCAUAUUUUAACAAUACGAUCAUACCUUGUAGCAUGGACACCGAAACCUGAGACACGAAAUGAUAUAAGGUUUUAGCGAUAAGGUCAAAUAGGGGACAGUGUAACACACACACAUUAUAACCCCUGGUCUGUGUAAAUGGCAGAUUUAUGCCAUUACGUCGAAAAACCCCUGUCUGUGGAGAUGGCAGAUUUCUGCCACGAGUUGAG